AUGAAGUUCAAUUGCUGUGGCGGUAGCGAUUACUUUUUGUAUUCGUCUCCCCGUCGAAGCUUGAUAAUCGAUUUGGACGGCGCCAUGAUAAUUCCUCAAUACAAGUAUGUCCCUCGAGCGGCUUGUCGCAUGCUGUGUUGCGCAUGGGAACGUCGUUGGGAGGAAUUAGUCCGACGGUGUGAAGUCAAACCCGAUGAAGCCUUUGCCAAGACGGAGCAUUCGGGUCGAACUGCCUUGCAUUUGGCCACCUUUAACGAAGGAUGUCCUCUCGACGUGGCCGUGGCGCUACUCAAGGCCAAUCGACAUGCCAUUUUGGUAGAAGACCGAAACAGUUAUACGCCUCUGCAUAAUCUCGGAUUGUUCCGUGGAGGCGAUGAACUCAUGUCGUUGUUUUGUGACACGGCCAUCAUGGUAGAACAAGAAUUGCAGGGACGAGGCAAGCUACCCACGCCCUCCAGAACAUCGCCCUUGUAUUUGGCCGCCAAACGCGAUGCCCCCACCACCACAUUGCGAUUACUCUUGCAAACACGACCUCGAUCUCAAUGGAUUGCUCCCUUUACAGGCGGAGAAUCCUACUGGGAUCCUCAACAAACACUCGACAAAUUCUCGUCUCCCUUGGAGAUUCUCAUGAGAGGACGAUCCGCCUGUUUUGUGGGCUUGUCCACAGAAACCAAACAACAAAUGAAAGACAUGGUACAGAGAAACUUUUCAUUGAAUCAAGAGGAUGAUACUACCAAUACUACAUGUACUACUCCAACCAACAACGACAACAACAAUCAAUCGUUGAUGACAGAUACAUGUUCUGAGAUUUCGAUAGACCAGCAUGACCAAAAUGCCAUUACUAUUUGGGAAAAGUGUUUCUUGUUGCUACAGGAAAAUUUCAGAACCAUUAUUACUACAACAAACACCAAGUGUACCGAAAUGGAAAAGGAUGCAUCAGAAGACACCACAAGAAUACCCAAGCCAACAACUCCAAGUCUUGUUCAUACAGUGGCCAGUCUAAAGGUGCCCAUGCCAAUCCUACUACAAUUAGCCAUGGAACUGUUUCCCGAGCAACUUUGGCUACGUGAUGAUACUGGUAAUUACCCAUUGGUUCAUGUGCUAGAGAGCAAUCAUCCCUAUGCCACAAAACAGUUGAUACACAUUCUCCUGGAAUGCAAGAACAAAGCAGAAACAACCGAAAGCAAACAUACUACCAAUAUAACGACAACCACGAGCCGAACGAGCAGCCAUCCUCCACCAGUAUUGUACAUUCAAGAAUGUCUACAAUCCGCACUAGAAAUUGGAUUGACAUGGGACGGUGGAAUGAAGGAUAUUGUCAUGGCCAACAGUGAGGUAUUAUCCCUACCGUAUCCUCAAAGCAGACUCGUUCCGGCUUUUUUGGCAGCGGCACAGGAUGCCGCACUGGACACAAUCUACUUUUUGUUGCAUGCCGAGCCUCAAGUGGUGGUGGUUUCACCAUCAUCAUAG